UGGGCAGAACUGGGGUUGAGUUCACCUCUCCUCAGGACCAGACAGAAAAGUGCAGCAGUCUCUGAAAACCUGAGAGUUUCUGAGGAAGCUUUUUCAGAAAGUCCUGAAUUGAUUCGUGCCUGGAGAUGCCUCAAAGAACCUCCCAGCUUAAGACAAGCUGACAAACCCCUCCAAGCCAGUCUUUGGGACCCCAAAUCAGCGUGAUUCCGAAAACACUUGAUAACCCAAUUACACCAGAAACGUGCAGAUCCCCAGCCAAGUUUGAUGGAAGAGGGGCUGGUGUUUACUUUUGUGUGAGUUUGUAACUCUCUGAGCAGUUUCCCAAGCAGACAGGCCCAGCCUGCUCUCCAGCAUCUCAUUUUCCAUCUGCUCCUGAGGACAGCCCGUGACAAAUGACGCUGAGCAUCCCCAAUGACACAUUCCAAGGGGGUGAUGUUGCCCUUCUGGAUUCCUCUUGCUGCCCCCUCCCCUGGGCUUUUUGGUUUUUUUUUUUUUUUUCAUUCCAUAAAGCUGACAACUGCAGAUUUGCCCUCUGUUGAUGACACAGUUAAAGAGAAGAGUUCAUGUCCACCCCAGCUUGUUUCACUUUGCUGCUGUUGCUCCGCCAGCCCAACUUUCAGCUGCAGUAACAUGAUCCCACUUGGCAGAGCCUGAGAGAAUCUUUGGCACAUUGGAAAGAGGCUUAAUGUAAAGUCUACUUUUUUUUUUCCUUUUUCUAUUUUUUUUUUUAAUUUUUUUUUUUAGAGCUUUUUGAAACUCCACUGGUUCUGCACAGCUCUGGCAGUAGCUGCAGGGCUACUCACAAACGCUCCAAAUGUGAGCUCAAGGAUUACAGAUGCAUUCUGUGCAGGGAAUGUCUUGAGUGCCUGUCCCAUCUCCUUCCAAAAACUCCUAAAGGACGACAUGGAUCAGGCAGAACAACUUUCUGCAGGCAGAAGGAAAAGCUCCCUGUCCCUGGACAAGAAGAAGAGCAGUGGCUGGAGAACCACGGUGGGAUUUUUGUGUCUGUUCCCUGCGCUGGCUUUGCUGGUGGUUGUGGAAUAUCCAGCUGGAGCUGCAGUUCAGGAAAUUCAGGAAGAUGUCUCAGCCCUGCACAUCCCAGCUCCUCCUCGGCCCCCGGCGCGGAGCAGACGCUACACGAUCACCCCGGGGCACCUCAAGUGGGACCACUUCAACCUCACCUACAAGAUCCUGUCCUUCCCAAGGAACCUCCUGAGUGCCAGGGACACGCGCCGGGGGCUGGCGGCCGCGUUCCGCAUGUGGAGCGAGGUGUCCCCGUUCAGCUUCAGGGAGGUCCCACGGCACCUCCCCAGUGACCUCAAAAUUGGUUUCUACUCCAUCAACCACACGGACUGCCUGGAGUCCCUGACCCACCACUGCUUCGAUGGCACCACGGGGGAACUGGCCCACGCCUUCUUCCCACCCCAUGGAGAAAUCCACUUUGAUGACCAUGAGUAUUGGAUCCUGGGGGACACCAGGUUCAGCUGGAAGAAAGGAGUUUGGCUCACAGACCUGGUCCAUGUGGCAGCCCACGAGAUCGGACACGCCCUGGGCCUCAUGCACUCCCUGAACCCCAACGCCCUCAUGCACAUCAACGCCACCCUGACUGGCAAAAAGACCAUCUCCCAGGAUGAGGUGUGGGGAAUCCACAGGCUCUACGGCUGUAAGGACAGGUUAUUUAUGUGCCCAUCGUGGGCAAAAAAAGGCUUCUGUGAGAAGCGCAGGAAGCUGAUGAAGAAGCACUGCCCGUCCACCUGUGACUUCUGCUACGAAUUCCCAUUUCCAACGGUGCCCCCCACUCUGCCCCCACCAAGGACCAAAACCAAGACAGUUUCUGAGGGCAGGAACGUCACCUUCCGCUGCGGGCAGAAGAUCAUCCAUAAAAAAGGCAAAGUCUACUGGUACAAAGAUAAGGAGCUUCUGGAAUAUUCAUAUCCAGGUUAUUUAUCCCUAAAUGAAGAUCACAUGAGCAUCAUUGCAAAUGCAAUUAAUGAAGGAACUUACACUUGCAUAGUGAAGAAAAAAGAAAGAAUCCUGACUACUUAUUCCUGGAGAAUCAGACUGAAGCACUGACACAGCCCUGGAAUGAGCCCUUCCAAGUUCCUGCUGCUUCUGUUUCCAAUUGUUUCUUUGGCAUUUUAUUUUUAAUCUCCAGUAGUGCAACUGAAUUCUCCAUCAGCUGCUUCGGUACCCUGGGCAAAAGAGACUCUGAGACUGUUACUGGGAUGUCAAACUCUUCCAGAUUCGUUUUAAUGACAAAGAAUUUAUCAACUAUUUGCUGUACAGAGGAUUAAAAACCAUUGUUUUUGUAAGAAAAGUGUCAGACAGAGCUGUGUGGGGCACUGUGAACUGCUGCAAUCCAAGAGCAGACUCUGCCCCAGCCCCAGAACACUGGGAUGGCAGGAAAAGGACAAGUUUUAUACUCUGGGAAUGUUUUCCUGCCAUUUUUUACACCCUGGUGCAGUGCAAUAGAAGAAAUUACAAGGUUAAGCCUUAAUUUCACUUUUCUUUCACUGGUCAGAAGGAUGAGGAUCACACAAACCCUGGUUUGCUCCUCAGUUGUCCAUUCCAAGCUGUUCAGUUCAAGGAUCCACAGCAAAGCUUUUCCCCCAAAGUGCUUUCCUGUGGUCUGUGGGUUUUCCUCUUAUCCCAAACAGGCAUUUAGUGCUCAGAGCUUGGUCCUUGAGGGGUCUGAGCCUUGAGUCCUGGGGGAGAUGAGGUGGUUUCCUCCUCCAGGCACCCAGAAUGAGGUUAAAGUGCCACAUCCAGCUGGAAAAGAGCUUAGGAGUGACUGGCAAAGCUGGGGGCAGGGAAGCUGGGAAGGGAAUCAUUCCAUGUCAUAGCCAAACUAUGCAGUGGGGUCAUGGUUUAAUCCUUCAGAGCUUCCCUGCACUCCUGCUUUUCAGUGGGUUCCUGGGGAAGCUUCUGGAAUCAGGAAUGUUUCAGCUGUUUCUCCUUCAGAGGGGAACAGGGAUUUGUCUUCCUCCACAGGAAAACAACCAGACUGCUUUCCCAACUCGCCACAACUGCAGCACAUCCACGUUGCACACGACCCAGGAAAACUCUCCAGAACGUACUGAAACUGAUAAAAUGUUUAGGAUUUGAGUUAAUCCCUUGCUGGCCUGGUGCCCAGCUGUGGUUGCAUGAAAAUGUGGUGUUUUCCAGAUCUCCCUGUUCCCAGAACAAAGUGACAGCUUCACAAAUCAGGGGCUCCAGAGGAUGAGAUUCCAACAUGACUCCUCCUUCUCCUCUUGCCCCAGAAAGGACUGGAAUGUGGCAUUACACAACCACUAAACCUGAGCUCUUCUCUGCAUGGAAAAAGGGCAUAUUUUUAAAAAAAAAGCAACAACAACUUUCAUAGAAAAUAAAGUUUCAAGUCUCCAUAUUAAAUCUUUUUGUUUUAUAAAACAAUAGAGUAAUUAGUUUUGCACCACUGUAAAUACAUUUACAGAACAAAAAACAAUGUGGUCAGGGAGUCUCUCCAAGGUAACAGGACACAAACCUCAGAAUUGUCUUUUUUUCUUUUUUUUUGCCCCAAAUAUAUUCAGACACAAACAAUUUACUUACUUAAAAUAAAAAAUAAACUCUCUUUACUGUCA